GGCUCCGGCUGGCUGGCGGCGGUGAGUGGGGAGGUCUGGGGCUGCAGACUUGCGGCGAUGGGCUCUCUCUCCGCAACCGCGAACUGGACCAGCGGUGCGGGCAUGGCCAGCGCGAACGCCGGGAACCGGAGUGCAGCGCUCGCCGCAGGAGUGGCGGCAGGGGCGACUGAGACUGAGUGGCUGCACCUGCUAGUCCAAGCCGGCAACCUCUCCGCCUCCUCCUCCGAGCCGAGACUGCCCGCAGCCUCCCCGGAGCCUACACAGCCCCAAGCCAACCUCACCAACCAGUUCGUGCAGCCGUCCUGGCGCAUCGCCCUCUGGUCCCUGGCAUACGGCGUGGUGGUGGCCGUGGCGGUCUUCGGGAAUCUCAUCGUCAUCUGGAUCAUCCUGGCCCACAAGCGCAUGAGGACUGUCACCAACUACUUCCUCGUGAACCUGGCUUUCUCUGACGCCUCCAUGGCUGCCUUCAACACCUUAGUCAACUUCAUCUAUGCGCUUCACAGCGAGUGGUACUUCGGUGCCAACUACUGUCGCUUCCAGAACUUCUUUCCUAUCACGGCAGUGUUCGCCAGCAUCUACUCUAUGACGGCCAUUGCGGUGGACAGGUAUAUGGCCAUUAUUGAUCCCUUGAAACCCAGACUGUCUGCCACAGCAACCAAGAUCGUCAUUGGAAGUAUUUGGAUUCUAGCAUUCCUACUUGCCUUCCCUCAGUGUCUUUACUCCAAAAUUAAAGUCAUGCCAGGCCGUACUCUUUGCUAUGUGCAAUGGCCAGAAGGUCCCAAACAACAUUUCAUUUACCAUAUUAUUGUCAUUAUACUGGUGUACUGCUUUCCAUUGCUCGUCAUGGGUGUCACAUACACCAUUGUUGGAAUUACUCUCUGGGGAGGAGAGAUCCCAGGAGAUACCUGUGACAAAUAUCAUGAGCAGCUAAAGGCUAAAAGAAAGGUUGUAAAAAUGAUGAUAAUUGUUGUGGUGACAUUUGCCAUCUGCUGGCUGCCUUAUCAUAUUUACUUCAUCCUCACUGCAGUCUAUCAACAGCUAAAUAGGUGGAAAUACAUCCAGCAGGUCUACCUGGCCAGCUUUUGGCUGGCAAUGAGCUCGACCAUGUACAACCCCAUCAUCUACUGCUGUCUGAAUAAAAGAUUUCGAGCUGGCUUCAAAAGAGCCUUCCGCUGGUGUCCUUUCAUUGAGGUUUCUAGCUAUGAGGAGCUGGAACUCAAGACCACCAGGUUUCUCCCCACUCGGCAAAGCAGCCUGUACACGGUGACCAGGAUGGAGUCCAUGACAGUGGAGUUUGAGCCCAGUGAGGCAGACAACACCAAAUCCAGCCGGAAGAAAAGAGCCACUCCCAGAGAUCCGAGCUUCAGUGGUUGCUCCCGCAGGAAUUCCAAAUCUGCCUCCACCACGUCAAGUUUCAUAAAUUCGCCCUAUACCUCUGUGGAUGAACAUUCCUAAAUUCAUUUCAUAAACAGGCAGAUUAUAAAAUUUAGGCCUUAUUCUCCUGUUUAGAAGUCCUGUCCUACCUACUCUCUGGAAACAGAGGGCAAUUUUGGGCAGCCGGGCUUCAACUGAGGACGGUAGAAUAGAAAUGUAACAAAGACACUAUUAAGAUAUUUGACCCCUCAAAAAUUAAAUGAGCCAUCCAUUUAUUCUUUGAAAACUCUAAAUUAUUACAUCAACAAACUAAAAAUAGAUUUGAAAUAUCCUUCUAAAGUUUUACUCAUUUAAAAAUUGCAAUUAUAUAUUUACGACACAAAGUAACAUAUGAUUUUUCCAAGAGAUUAAAAAGCUUUAAAAAUAAAAUGUUGUGAGUGAACAAAAACAAAAUCUAUAUAAAUGAAACAUUUUCAUCAAUAGCUAUAAAACAGGAAAAAAAAAUGACUCAUCUUCCCACUAGAAUGAAGGAAAAUCGCCUCGAAGAAUAGGAAUUAGUGAAAUUUUGCUCAAAUGAACUCACUUUGUAGAAUGAAAAAUUUUAAAGAUUUAAAGAUUUUUCUCCAUGAAAUGUAAUUGGAAAGGAAAUCUAAUAAAAUUAUUAGACAGCUGUACAUGUCAUUCUCUUUAUUAUUUUCUCUGACAAAAUGGCUUCAAAAGAAAAAAAAAUAAUCCUUUACUUUUUGACCUUUAUAUAAAGUACCAAGCUAAGAAAUAGUCCAAGUUAGGACUACUUUGUCCUUAAAAGGACAAAGCAAACUCCUAUGAUCCUCUUUACUUUAUUUUUUUUAUAAUCAUU